AUGGUGCUCCAUCUUGAGGCGAACACUUGCGAGUCGGGCUCCGACAAAGAUUCCAUCAGAGGGUGGGUUUGGGACUACUACGAGAUCCAUGGGCGCUGGAAUCAUGACCACGACGAUGACUUUGACUGCGAAAGCUGCGGAGCGUAUUUUAACAUGUUGAGCGCUCUGCUGCAGCAUGUCGAAAGUCGGGCUUCCAAAGUCUCAGCGGCCUGCGACCGAGUCGCCUAUGGCGCUGUCUGGAAGCAGCCUACCAGCGUGCCGAACACUGCUGUUCAACAUUAUCAAUACCCAAUUGGUCCCGACUCUUCUGAGAGCGCUGCCCAUGCUCCCCGACAAUUUCCAGACUAUGGCCAAGACGCGUCUGGCGCUACUGGGGCCCAGAACAUAAACCGCACGAUUGCCAUGGUGGAAGAACAAGUGUUCUUGCUCACAGCAUGCUAG